AUGUUUGCAUGUUUGGAAAAAAUUUCUGAAGAAAACAAUAUAAAACUCGAAGAAGAAAUUAUAACCAAAAUCAUGAUGCAUCUUACAAACCUUAAGCAAGACUUUGAAAUAAGAUUCCCAGAUACGUCACACGGCGACCAAUGGAUAAUUAAUCCAUUCACUUGUGAUCUUAACACUGUGAAGAUGAACUUAAAAGAAAAGGAGCAGCUGAUCGAUUUAAUGUCCGAUGAAAGCCUUCGAUCUAUUUUCAAAACCACAGAUCUAUCCAAGUUCUGA